UCUGGUACAUACGAAUACACGAAUACGGUACAAUACGAUUCGUAUCAAUGUAGGAAGGAAUGAAGGGGUUUGCUUGGUUGGUUGGUUUGUGAAAUUUCUGGACAACUCCACCGAUUCUCUCGCUCGUUUUAGCCGGCCGCAAUCACAGCACAGCCCGUCGUCCAAUCUUUCUCUUUCUUUAGGUUAUAUCUACCGUCUGUUCGCAGUACACAAUCGAGGGUUUCACAGUUUCGAACCGGUUCGGAACUUGAAUUCUCCAUACUGGAUUUUCCUAUUUAGUAUGGGGAGGGUUAAGCUAAAGAUAAAGAAAUUAGAGAGUGUCAGCAACCGGCAAGUCACCUAUUCAAAGAGACGGAAUGGCAUCUUGAAGAAGGCUAAAGAAUUGUCCAUACUGUGUGACAUCGACAUCAUUCUUCUUAUGUUUUCUCCGACUGGAGGGGCAACAUUAUUCCAUGGAGAGCGCAGCAACAUUGAAGAGGUUAUUGCAAAAUUUGCUCAACUUACACCACAGGAAAGGACAAAAAGGAAGGUGGAGACCCUUGAAGCACUGAAGAAAACCUUCAAGAAGUUAGACCAUGAUGUAAAUAUACAGGACUUUAUGGGGUCGAGUGUUCAAUCAGUUGAGGAAAUGUCAAACCAAGUAAGAAUGCUGCAAGCUCAACUUACAGAACUACAUAGGAGACUGAGUUGCUGGAGUAGUCCCGAGAAGAUUGACAACAUUGACCAUCUUAGGCAGAUGGAAGACUCACUAAAGGAUUCAAUUAACCGAAUUCAAAUGCAAAAGGAAAAUUUUGUAAAGCACCCGCUUAUGUCACUGGAAUGCAAAAACCAGUUCCAAAGCGGGAUGCAUUUGCCUUUAAUGAUGGGUGGUUUGCAAGAAGCCCAACCACUAUCGUGGCUUCCAAAUAAUGAGAAUCAACAUAUGAUACUAACGGGGGAGCCAAACUUUUUGCCUCAAAGAGAUGUGGGGUGCUCAACUAUUCCUUCCUUCUCAACUUAUUAUUCUGGUUUCCUUGGCCCUGUUAAAACAGACUCUGAAAAUACUAGACAAACUGAUAGUGCAGUACAGGGAGGUGGUGUCUUGAAUGAGCUGGAUGCCACUGCAUGCUUGAGACAACAGCUUAAUGAGCAAUAUCCAUAUCAACCAUAUAGUAUAGACUUACCUGAAGCAAAGAAAUUGAGGCCUGAUCCAGAGAUGAACUUGCAAAGAAAUCCUUUGAAUUAUCAAGUUAGUACAAACUUUCCAUUGCCUAGACCUUUCUAUGAUAACAUCCACCACACUUGGGUUACUCCACCUGGGCCUUGCUCUAUUUCCAUGUUCAAUGAGAACUCAUACUCGCAGCAAAAUUAAUUUUCACAAGCCAAAAUCCUCUUCCAUCAAGUUGCUGAAAAUGGUUGCUGGAUAUUCAUGUUGGUUGUUUUGCUGUGCUGAGGUAGCUAGUUAUGUUGAAGACAGAAGACGCGUCGCAUCCCAGUUGUGUCUGGAGGAGAUUGGAGUUGAUUCCAAGCUUUAUUGUGUAUAAUUAUUAGAUGAAGCCCAAGAACUCCCCUUAGCCUAGCUGGAGAUGCUCUAAUUCUGCUUGUACUGUAAGCAAAUUAUAAGCUGUGUAUAGUAUAUAUAAGAUAUAUAUAAAAAUCAUACCCCAUUACAGUUUUUGUCAA